UCCAGGCUUUACAGAUAAGCAAAUUGACACGCAGAAGAAAAGGGAAUAUAAGUCGGAUUUCUGUUUCUGACUCCACGGUUUACCAACACACGAUAAGUUAAGUAUGACUGCAGAAAUUUGGGACGCUAUUAUUGUUGGUGCAGGACUCUCUGGACUGAGUGCAGCUCAUUUGCUUAGAAAAAGGGAUGCCAAAAUGAGAAUACUCAUACUGGAAGGAAAAGAUCGAGUGGGAGGUCGCACACUGUCGACUGAAGUACCAGCAGCCAAUGGAGUCUAUCGCUGGGACUUUGGGGGGCAGUGGGUAGGAAGCACCCAAAUUCACAUCAUGGAGCUCAUAAAGGAGCUUGGCUUGGAGACCUACCCACAGUUCAAGACUGGAAAGAAGGUACACCACAUGGGCGGGCCUAGUGCCAAAGUUCGCACCUACAGAACAAACAUCCCUGCUCUGUCCCCAACGGUGUUAGUGGACCUCACCCAUUUCUUUUGGAAGAUUGACAGAUUGUGUGCCACAGUAUGUGUGGAGGAUCCUUUGAAGACUCCCAACGCUGUGGAACUGGACAGUAUGACCCUGCACUCAUUUAUUGAGCAACACGCUUGGACUUCAGAACUAAAAGAGGAGAUGGGACUGUGUAGCCGCUCUGUCUUUGGCAUGGAGCCAUCCCAAAUGUCCUUCCUUUUCUUCCUCAUGUACGCUGCAGCAGCUGGAGGGGUAUUGGCUCUGCUGGAGACUACUCCAGGUAGUGCUCAGGAGUUCAAGAUUAAGGGGGGCACCCAACAGCUUUCAGAGUGCCUGGCAGACCGUGUUGGGUGGAAGAAUGUCCGACUGGGUUCUGCUGUGACCGCCAUAUGGCAGGAUGCUGAGUGGGCCAGGGUGAAGACCGAAACCGACACUUUCUUGUGCAAAGCUGUGAUUGUCACCUGCCCCCCUCAUUUGGCAGCAAAGAUUCACUACAAGCCAUCCCUGCCCAGCGAGAGAGCAUUCCUUACCCAGAACAUGCCUGUGGGCCACAUGAUAAAAUUCAUUAUAACCUACCAUACGGCUUUUUGGAGGGAGAAUGGCUUCUCUGGGGAAAUUGUGGCAGGAUCAUCCACUGACUGUCCGUUCUGUGUUACCUUUGAUGCUACCAGCCCCAGUGGUAAUGCUGCUUUGGUAGGAUUCAUUGCCGGUCAGCAGGCUUCUCAAUGGAGCUCCAAGGAGGCUCAAGAGAGGAGAGAAGCUGUGAUUUCCAGUUUGGUCAAAUACCUAGGUCCUGAGGCUGCAUCUUUCAUCUACUAUGAAGAAAAAGACUGGGCUCAGGAGGACUACAGCGGGGGCUGCCCAGUUAAUGUCAUGGCACCAGGUCUGCUAACGUAUUACCACCCAAGCCUGAGGAAGCCCUGUGGCAGGAUCCAUUGGGCAGGCACAGAGACAGCCACUCAGUGGUGUGGAUACAUGAGUGGUGCAGUGCAAGCUGGUCAGCGAGCAGCUGUGGAGGUCCUGGCUGAACUCUGCCCCACGACCCUGACCCAAGAGGAGCAAGAGGCAUUGCAGCGCAUACAAACAUUCAAGGGUUCUAGGCAGAAAACACCAUCAUCCAAACUCAUGUACCUGUCUACCAGCAAGGUUGUGGUCAUAGCUCUGACAGUAAGUGCUGCUGUCUUACUGGCUCAGCAUCAAAAUGCACUGCUCAAAGCCAAAACUUCCCUGAUGGAUGCAUUUUCAAAAACUAUGACUGAUAUAUUCAAAUUGUAGCAAACAGAUGUCACCAAACUGUUUUUUUUUUUUUUUUGGUUCAGGACGAAAUGCAAAUUUCAGACAAAGUUAACCUCAAUUAGGUUAAUUUUCAUUAUAUCCUAUUAUAUGAUAUUAUAAUAUAGGUACAUCAUGGCAUUAAUUAAUAUGCUAUAUCAAAAUGACUAUACAUUGCAUUUAUUUUGAAUGUACAAAUUAAAUACAAAGUGAGUUGAGGCAUGUUGAUUGCCCUUGUAUUUCUUUGUUUUGUAUUAUGAAACACUG